AUGAAUCUGAUCAUCCUGUUGGUUCCAUGGCCACUAAUUUUCAUCUUAUACCGAUUGAUUAUUAACCGCGCUUCUUCGAAAGACACUUCACUUCCACCAGGUCCAUAUCCAUGGCCAAUCAUUGGCAACAUUUUCCAGAUUGGAAAAAAGAAUCCUCAUGUUCGGCUGGCCGAGAUGGCCCAACUUUACGGACCACUCAUUUCGCUUCGUGUUGGUCAACGAGUCCUCAUUGUGGGAUCAUCAUCAGAUGCAGCUUCAGAGAUUCUCAGAACUCAUGAUCAUGUUCUUUCGGGUCGUGAUGUGUCAAGAUUGCUACAAAACAAGAAACAAACUGUUCAUAAUAUGAAUCUUGCUUUUACAUCAGAAUGUGAUGAUAACUGGAGGUUUUUACGGAAUAUAUAUAAAACGGAGCUUCUUUCAGGCAAAGCAUUAGAAUCUGGGGCAAAAAUGAGAGAGAAAAAGGUGAUGGAGAUGGUGAAAUAUUUAGCUUCAAAAGAAGGCCAAGAUAUAGUUAUAAAAGAUGUUGUCUUUGUAACUGCUAUGAACAACUUAGGUAAUGCAUUAUUAUCAAUAGAUUUAGUGGAUUAUGAAGGAAAUGGUAUAGGUAGAGGAGUCAUGGAUGCUAUAAGAAGACUUAUUAUGCUAAUUGCACAGCCACAGUUAGCAGACAUGUUUCCAAUAUUUGGUCCAUGGGAUCUACAAGGUUGGUAUAAACAGGUUAUGCACAUUAUAGAACAUGACCUAGGAUCUGUUUGGGAAGAUAGUCUCCAAAAGAAACGAAACCGAGAUGAUUCCGGUUCAAGUCCAAAAGAUUUCGUCGACGUUCUGAUCGAAAAAGGGUUUUCGAAUCAACGGAUCAAUGCUUUAAUGGAGGAGCUAUUUGCAGCAGGCACCGAAACUACGGGCUUAACAACAGAAUGGUUCGUCGCAGAGCUUCUCAAAAACGAAGAAGCCAUGAAGAAGGUUCGGGACGAAGUUACAAAACAAAUAAAUGGGAACGUAGUAAAAGAGUCGGAUCUUGUUCGUCUUCCUUACUUAGAAGCUUGCUUUAAGGAAACACUAAGACUUCACCCUGCAGGACCGCUUCUUAUACCACGUAAAGCUGUCGAAACAUGUGAGAUAAUGGGAUACACCAUUCCAAAAGAUAGCCAAGUAUUAGUUAAUGUUUGGGCGAUCAAUCGUGAUCCAAAGAUCUGGGACGAUCCUUUGAGGUUCAAACCUGAAAGAUUUAUCGGAUCGAAUGUGAGUUACAAAGGGAAUGAGUUUGGAUACCUACCAUUUGGAUCAGGAAGAAGAAUGUGUCCUGGAGAAACAAUGGCUUCUAAGUUGAUUCUCCUUACAGUUGCUUCUUUGGUCAUCAACUUUGAUUGGUUCAUUCCGGAUAAGACAAACCCCAUGGAAAUCAACAUGGAUGAGGAGAUGGAUAUAGCAAUGUACAAGAAGGAACCAUUGCAUGUAAUUUUCAAGCUCAAUAAUGAACUGUUCAAGAAUUGACACCAAGGAUUGGGUUUAUAUCAUCUAGAUGAUUAAGUUUCAUGAGAACUUAGAAUGCGUUUAUGUAAAUUGUAAUCAAAUAAGAUACUAGGAUAUGCUAUAUUUC